AUGAUGAAAGGAAACAAUAAACUCGAAUUGUCUCAAAAAUUCAGUUUACCCCAAAUUGAGAUUCGUCUUUUUUUUUUGCAGCCAGUCGUGCACGGCCCAAAAGUCCCCAGGCCAAUGAAAUGCACAUUGUACCUAAUCCCCCUACCCCCAACACAACCUCCACCAAAACAUCCACAAAUGCAGCCCUACUCCCGUGACGGCGGCACCAGAAGGUGUUUCUACGAGUUCCAGACCUUCAUGGCCUGCUACACCUCUGCCGAGACCUCCACCAGCAAACAGUGUACUCCUCAAUUCGAUGACUACUACGAGUGCAUACACGGAUUCAAGGAGAGAGAGAAGGCCCGUUUGAUGGUCAAGCAGUUGAAGGCCAACGAGGCUUCGGGCGAGGGUGUCAAGGCGCUGGACUUGUACAAGAAGUCGGGUGCUGUUUACGAGAACUUGGAGUUGGUGAAGUGA